GUUAUGGCGGCGAAGGGACUCGUCGAGAGACGCUCGGGCGGUUGCGCGAGCGACCGGAAUGUGUGGUCGGCACAGUUGGUCGGCUGAUUGAUUUCAUCGAGAACGAGAAGCACUGGUUUGGAGUCAGAAAUGUGCGUUUCUUGAUCCUAGACGAGGCUGACGCCAUGAUCGGAGAAGGACUUGAUGCAAACAUCCGUAAAAUCACUUGCGACGUGGAGACGCCGCGGCGGCAGACAAUGCUGUUCUCAGCCACCUUUGCAGAUGACGUCAGCGACCUGGCAACUUGGAUCAGCCGACAUGCCGUGGAGGUUCGAGUCGGAAUGAAGGAUCCGCUGCGGGCAAACAGGGACGUCAAGCAAGAGGUCAUCAUUGUGAAGGACGAGUUCGACAAGGAAGGCGCUCUGAAAAGCACCUUGCGCAAAGUGUACAGUGCUCACAACAAGUCUCCUGGAAAGGUUCUCAUUUUCGCGUUUGACCAUGACGAGUGCGAUUCCUUGGCAAAGAAAGUCAAGGCGGCGCUCAACGGCGUUCCCGUGGAGACCCUGCAUGGCUACAAGAAGCAAGCCGAGCGUGAAACUGCGAUGCAGCGUUUCCGCAAUGGUGACUCCUGGAUCAUGGUGGCGACCAGCAUUGCCGGGCGAGGUCUGGACAUCAAGGACAUCACCUUGGUCAUCAACUUCGACCCGCCUGAGGUUCCACCAGGCUGGUUUUCCUUCGAGUACUUCCCGCCGAAGACGCCCGAGGGUGUCGAGAAUCUGCGCAAGCGCAUCGUGAAGAUGAAGUCGUUGGGCCCCCUUUUCACCGACUUCACCUGGGGCGCGGGCGGCUCCACGUCAGAGCUGACUCUGAAGUUGACUUCCGCAGCUAAGAACGAGUUCGGCACGGUAGCCAACAUGCACCUGACCUGCACCAACCAAAGCUCGGAAAUGACUGGAAAUGCACUUCUGGAGUGCAAGCAGCACGGUGUCCGCAACAUCGUUGCCCUCCGCGGCGACCCUCCUCGUGGUCAGGAGAAGUGGACGGCUACAGAAGGUGGUUUCUCAAGCGCUUUGGACCUCGUAAAGUUCAUCCGCCAAAACCACGGCGAUUAUUUCUCGGUGUCUGUGGCUGGCUAUCCGGAGGGCCAUCCUGACAACAUCGAGGUGGUCGAAGGUGGUGUGGCGGCUUUGACUGCCUCGGAGAAGCGCCGCGCCCGUGUCGUAACAGAUGCUCAGGGAAAGGAGGUGGUCACGGUGUGCCGAGAUGCAAACUUCCACAAGGAGAUGGUCUAUCUCAAGGAGAAGGUGGAUGCAGGCUCCCACUUCGUUAUCACGCAGAUGUUCCUCGAUGCCCAAGUUUUCUUGGACUUUGUCGAUGAGUGCCGCAAGUACGACAUCAAGGUGCCCAUCGUCCCUGGUAUCAUGUGCCUCAACGGUUUCGGGGGCCUCAAGCGCAUGACCGAGCUCUGCAAGACCCGCCUUCCCGAAGGCUUCCCUGUUCUGCACCUGGCUUAA